AUGGAAAUCGAUCAGCCAUUAAAAGCUAUUCAAUAUCAACGUGGUUCAUUAUUAAUUCUCGAUCAAUUAAAAUUACCUGAUGAAACAGUUUAUAUAUCUAUUAAUACAGGUGCUGACGCAUGGAAAGCAAUACAUACAAUGUCAAUUCGAGGUGCGCCAGCAAUUGCUGUAUGUGGAGUAUUAAGUGUUGCCGUUGAAUUAUAUCAUUCUCGAUCAAAAUUUGAUUCAAUCUCAUCUAUUCUACAAUUUGUUACAGAUCAACUUAAUUAUUUAAUAACAGCAAGACCAACAGCAGUUAAUAUGACUGAUGCUGCUAAAACAAUUAUUGAUUAUUUAAUACCAUUAAAUAAUAAACAACAAAAUGUAACAUUAUAUAUUAAUGAAUUACUUGAUUUUAUGGAACAAUUUCUUCAGCGUGAUCUUGAUAAUAAUCAAUCUAUUGGUAAAUAUGGUGCUGAAGCCAUACGUCAGAAUGUAAAAGAUAAAAAGAAAUUAACUGUUUUAACACAUUGUAAUACAGGUUCAUUAGCAACUGUUGGUUUUGGUACUGCUCUUGGAGUUAUUCGACAAUUAGCAGUAGAUAAUAAUCUUCAAUUAACUUAUUUUACUGAAACACGACCAUAUAAUCAAGGUUCAAGAUUAACUGCUUAUGAAUUAGUACAUGAUCGUAUUCCACAUACAAUGAUUUGUGAUUCAAUGGCUGGACUUUUAAUGCGAACACAAACAUUACAUGCUGUUAUUGUUGGUGCUGAUCGUGUAACAGCAAAUGGUGAUACUGCAAAUAAAAUUGGUACAUAUCAAUUAGCUAUACUUGCUAAAUAUCAUGAAAUUCCAUUUUAUGUUGCUGCACCAACAACAUCCAUUGAUUUAACAAAACGAACAGGUAAUGAAAUUAUUAUUGAACAACGUCCAUCAAGUGAAAUGACUACUAUUAAAGGAAUUAAUAUAGCAGCUGAAGGUGUUCAAGUUUGGAAUCCAGCAUUUGAUAUAACACCUAAUCAAUUAAUAACUGGUAUUAUAACCGAACAUGGUGUAUUUAAACCCGAAGAACUUGAAGAAAAAUUAAUAUCCUUACAACGAACAAUAAAAAGUCCAUUGUUGUGA